GGCGGAGCGCCCCCCACCCACGCCGCGAGCCCCGCCCACGCAGAGCAACCACCCCAGAGGAGAAGAUGGAUUGGAGCACACUGCACACCAUUUUGGGGGGUGUCAAUAAAUACUCCACCAGCAUUGGGAAAAUCUGGCUCACUGUUCUCUUCAUUUUUCGCAUCAUGAUCCUCGUCGUAGCUGCGAAGGAAGUGUGGGGAGAUGAGCAAGCUGAUUUUACCUGCAACACUCUGCAGCCAGGGUGCAAAAAUGUGUGCUAUGACCACCACUUCCCCAUCUCUCACAUCCGACUCUGGGCUCUUCAGCUGAUCUUUGUGUCUACACCCGCCCUCCUGGUGGCCAUGCAUGUCGCCUACCGGAGACAUGAGAAGAAAAGGAAGUUCAUGAAGGGAGAAAUAAAAAACGAGUUUAAAGACAUCGAAGAGAUUAAAAGCCAGAAGGUCCGCAUCCAAGGGUCACUGUGGUGGACCUAUACCAGCAGCAUCUUCUUCCGCAUUAUCUUUGAAGCUGUCUUCAUGUACGUCUUCUAUAUCAUGUAUGACGGAUUCUACAUGAAGAGGCUGGUGAAAUGCACCUCAUGGCCAUGUCCCAAUACAGUGGACUGCUUUGUCUCCAGACCCACCGAAAAGACUGUCUUCACAUUUUUCAUGAUUGCAGUGUCUGGAAUUUGCAUAAUGCUAAAUGUCACUGAAUUAUGUUACUUGUUAAUUAGAUAUUGCUCUGGAAAGUCGAAAAAACCAGUUUAACACCUUACUCAGCUAUUAGAUGAAAGAUAGACAUCAUGAAAAGGAUGAGGCAACCUGUGCUUAGCUAUCAAAGUAAAGAUUUUUAUCUUAAACACAAUCAUCUGAAACUCCUGUCCUUCUCACAUAAAACCCUAAAUGCCUCCCAUGAAGCCUGCCCUCUCCUAAAGCUUCAAAACAAAGGCUCCAUUCUAUGCCUGUGGCGAUUUUCACUAAAAUGAGUUCCAAUGAAACCCUAUGUUGCUAGAGAUUAUUGGUGGAGGUACUUUCAGACUUUAAACAAAGGGUACCCACUUUUUUUGUCUUGAGAAAAGGCAAUAAAUGCCAGUUUCUAAAGAGGACAGACACUAGGAAGAUCUGGUUGGUCCUCUUAGGGUUCCCUCUGUCAGUUUGCCUCAAAGUGGAGAUAAGCAUAAAGACAUCUCCGGUUUCGUUUGCUUUGAAAGUUUUGGUCUCUACCAAUGGAUAAAGAUACUUAAUGCUUUAAACCAUGUUACAUUUUUUUUAAGUGAAACUUAUUUUAAAAUGAGACGUGUUCCUUUGAUCUACAAGAUGUUCUAAAAACCAUUAUAGGUUCUCCUAUUUCAAAGGCUCAGAUUGUGAUAUGUAAAUGGUGCAUAAUUACAUACUAUCAGUGAAUUUUAAAUAUGGCCUUUCAGUUAUGAAUAAUUUGCAUUGCCACUGAGAGGCUGGCCCUUGUGUUGAUUGUGGUAUGUAACUCAUGAAAACAUUUCAGCCUCUGUUAGUGAAACAAGCUGGAAGUUCUUGGUGAUGGCUUGUAAUUCAAAAGGCCUCAUUUUAAAUUUUAGGUGUAGUUUUGCACCAGAAAUGUAGACUGGAUGUAUCACUGAUUACUACCAACUUUAGGCUGGAUCAAGAGUCAAUCUUCUACAUGCUUUUUCUAUUACUGUGGUAAAUGGUAGAAACAUUGAUCUAAAGGGGUUGCUUGAAAAUACCUUCUUGCCACAGUAUAACUUAAUAGUGCUGAACAAAAUGGGGUAGGUGUGGUUAUUAUUUUUAAAGAACAAAUGAAAAACUAGACUCUUAAGUUCGAUGAAAUUAAAAAUGAGGUUCAUGUACACAAAAGUUUGUUUGCUUCCCUUUUCCACAUCCCAUUUUUUUAAGUGAAAAUAGAGUAGACUUUUUUUUUUAACUAGAGACUAGGAUUUAGAUAUUUAGCAAUUCUACAGAACAAAUUGAACCUUCUAAGAUUAUCAUUAUGGUUGACACGCUUCCCAAAAAAUGCUAUUCAACAUACUUCAAUGAAGGUAAACAUUUUCUUGUUGCCAUGAAUAGCUUUGUAAAAACAUUUUGUAAUAAUAAACUAGCUUUAAUUACAUGCUUGUU